GGGGCAGCGGUGACAGCGGGCGGUGGCCGGGGCGCAGGGCGGGUCCCCGGUCGCAGGAGCGUCCACGUGCGGGCGGGGGGCGCGGGCCCGGGUCUUGGGCCGGUGCAGGCCUCCUUUGUGGCCGCCGUUCGUGCCCGGCGGCGCCUCUUCCUCGGUGGUGCGCGCCAGUGUGCACCAGGCCUGACGCCCCUCCCCUGGGGAAGGCGCGCCCGGCCCCUGUGCGUCCCCGAGCUCCCCACCCCACCCCGCCCCGCCGCACCCACGCCUGGCCAGAUUGCGGGGCCCUGCGGAAGUGCAGGCGGCGGCAUCGCGCUUGGAGGAUCCUGUCGCCUGCGUCCGCACUUGCUGGCGUUAGGGCGUGAGCUUUCUAGAGGAAUUCCAGGGGAAGCGCCUGGGAGGCCUGGAAGAGCUGGCGGCCCCACCCCGCUCGGAGUGCCCAAGCGGCUCUUUGUGGGAUCUGGUACUCGGGCAGAUCCCGGCUGCCAGGCUGGGCCUGGGGGAAGACGCUGUUUACCUUCCCGUGGCAACUUGAGGUGUCCCGGACCCAGCUAGAGGUGAGUAUGGCGGAGCAGGAGCCCACAGCCGAGCAGCUGGCGCAGAUUGCGGCCGAGAACGAGGAAGACGAGCACUCGGUCAACUACAAGCCCCCGGCCCAGAAGAGCAUCCAGGAGAUCCAGGAGCUGGACAAGGACGACGAGAGCCUGCGCAAGUACAAGGAGGCCCUGCUGGGCCGUGUGGCCGUCUCGGCUGACCCCAAUGUCCCCAACGUGGUUGUGACCCGCCUGACCCUGGUGUGCAGCACUGCCCCAGGCCCCUUGGAGCUGGACCUGACAGGCGAUCUGGAGAGCUUCAAGAAGCAGUCAUUUGUGCUGAAAGAGGGUGUGGAGUACCGGAUAAAGAUCUCCUUCCGGGUGAACCGAGAGAUUGUGUCUGGCAUGAAGUAUAUCCAGCACACAUACCGGAAAGGCGUCAAGAUUGACAAGACCGACUACAUGGUGGGCAGCUACGGGCCCCGGGCGGAGGAGUACGAGUUCCUGACUCCCAUGGAGGAGGCGCCCAAAGGCAUGCUGGCUCGUGGCAGCUACAACAUCAAGUCCCGCUUCACAGACGACGACAAAACUGACCACCUGUCCUGGGAGUGGAACCUCACCAUCAAAAAGGAGUGGAAGGACUGAGCCCAGCCUGGGAGGCGGGCAGGGCGAUGGACGGAGGGAUGUACGCGCCCCACCCCCACCCGACCCCCCCACCCAACCCCAUACCAAAGUGCUGACAGGGCCCCUGCCCACGCUGCCAUCUUUCCCCUGGUUUUGCCUCCUGGCCAGCCCAGCCCUCCCCAGCCUGCAGGCCCCAGCCUCCUGGUGAUCUAGUGUUGUUGCUGCUUCAGCCUGUGCUGUGGGGGAGGGAGGCUGCAGCCCAGGCCUCUGCCUCCCCCUUGGUCCUUCCAGGUUCCCCCUGCUCCAAGCUGACCUGAAGCUCUGGCUUUUCCAAGGGAGUGGGGCAUUGAAUGGGGUGUCAUGGGGUGCUCAGGUACCCCAGGGCCUUUUCAGUUGCCGUGACUCUCCUCAUCUCCCCCUUUGGGGUGGGGGUGGGGUGCACGAUGCAGGGCUUAGGAGCAGGUCAUCCUCCAGCUGUCACUUCUCCCUGAUCAGUUCAUCCGUCGCUGUCACUGUCUAACCAUGAUGCCUUAACAUGCGGAACGUGUGUUCUGGGGCCGUCACUAACCUCUGACCCUGUGUCUGCAUGAGCAUGUGGUCUCCCCAGUCCCCGCCCCACCCGCAGUCCCCGGGGCCCAGGGCAGUGGGACGCUGCUGCUGCUCCCCGGCCUGCUGGGGCCUGGCCAGCCUCCUCCCCCCUUCCCCAGCCAGGGCUGUGGGGACAGCUCCAGGGGCUUGGGGAAAGCCAAAUUGCCAAAACUCAAGUCCCCUCCAGUCCCAUCUGGGAGGCUGGGAGUCCUCACGCCUCUGCCUUGUCUGUCCCAGCUGGCAGCACCCAAACCCAGAGCCCACGGCCCCAACAGAGAGCCCUCGGCAGACAAAGCCAGUGGCCGAGCCUUACUCCGUCCCACCUGGGCCUGCCAGCCUGGAGUGGCAUACCUGGCCUGUCAGUAUUUAUUGCCUCCACAUGUGCCGUCCUCUGGGCCCGCUGGCCUGCUGCCUCUGCCCUCAGGCUUGGUGCCACCAUCCCCGGCAGGCCCUCCCUGGACCCAGCCAGGACAACCGUGGGACCAAGCGUGCACAGUCGGAGCCGUCCCCUGUGCCUCCCCUCCCCUCCCUUCCCCUCCCUGGUCAGGCCCGGGCUGGACCACACAGGAACCUGUCCCUGCUUCUCCUUUUCUGACCAGGAAAUAAACUUCCCUGAAGGAG